AUGCCUUCCCAACGGCGGCUUCGACUGAUCGUCGUUGCGGUCAUCGCGCUUCUGUUCAUGGUAUUCUACUACACCGGCGAGGCAAGCAAGAUUCAAAACCAAAAAUUCUAUCGCUCAACCCUUGAAGCAAUGAAAGCGAAAGAGCAAGCUAAGCACACCAAGGCACAGGAGAAGAUCCAGCAUCCUGUGCAUGCGCCGGGACAGAAUGGCGCAGCAGCUGCCAAUGAAAAGGUGCCCGUCGCUGAAGUCGAGAAGAUAGCUGUUCCUCCUGCUACAGGAAAUGAAGAGACGGAGGAAAUUCCGAUUGCAGGACGGACAAAAAUGACUGUUCCCAAGAAGGUGAACCAGGAUGCGCCGUCGGAGAUUGCGCCGGAUACUAAGAGUGAGGAGGAGAAAGAGCAAGAGGCAAAGGCGAUGAGAGAGCGUGAGGAGAAGGGGAGGAAAGAAGCCGAGGCGACAUCGGAACUUAAUGCGAUUCUCAAGCGGUCUCCAAUCAUUAUAUUUUCCAAAUCCUACUGCCCCUACAGCAAAAAAGCCAAGUCGAUCUUGCUGGGCCAUUACUCCAUCCAGCCACUGCCAUUUGUGGUUGAACUGGACCAGCACCCGCUUGGGCCUUAUCUGCAGGCCUUGCUCGCAGAGAAAACGGGGCGCCGUACUGUUCCCAACAUUCUCAUCAAUGGGAAGAGUAUCGGCGGAGGAGACGAUAUUGCAGCAUUGGAACAGAGCGGCGAGCUGGCUUCGACGCUGCGACAAAUGGGUGGGAAAUGGAUCGUGGAUGUUUCGCGCCAGGAGGUUGAUAAGUCACUAUGA